AUGGCGACAACGAAGGAAUUGACAGCCAAGUCUGUGGCGGAGGAGGUUCAGCCGGUGGUUUCGGAUGGAGAUCAGAAGGAUGAGUCGAAUGAUGGAAGGAGACCUCCGCCAUUGGCCGCGAAGCUAUUCGCCGUCGUUUUGGUUUCGUGCAUUAGUUUUGGGUCGCAUUGGAGCUCUGGCGUGACUGGUGCUAUGAAAAGCACUAUUAAAAAGGACAUGCACAUUAACAAUGUCCAAUUUUCACUUCUCGAAGCUAGCGAGGAUUUCAUGGCUACACUUCUUCUUUUGCCUAGUGGUAUCAUUACCGAUCGCGUUGGCGGAGCUGGUGAGUCCAAGUCCGAACCCUGUUACUUCAUUCGAAGCCAGAAAAACCUACUAGUACAGCAUCUGACGAGUAUGCCCACCUGGACAGAGAUGAUCGUCUACGGCAAUAUCGUGUACACGCUUGGCUCAAUCUUGGUUGCUGCUGCGACGACUGUCCGCUCGUUCAACUUCAUGAUUGGUGGUCGAGUCAUUCUCGCUUUCGGUGAUAUCGCAACUCAGGUUGCACAGUACAAAAUGUUCUCGUCAUGGUUUGCGCCGAGCAAUGGAUUUGCAUCCACGCUUGGAUUUGAAUUGGCAAUUGGCAAGAUUGGAGGCUUCGUUGGCAAGUCAACUGCAAACAUUAUUGCAAAGAACACUGGAAACUUUGCUUGGGUCUUCUGGACGGCUGUGUUCAUGAAUCUCUUCACCAAUGCCGCCUCGGCUGUGUUCUGGUUCUUCAACAAAUACUGCAACAAGAAUUAUAAAGGGCGACGAGACCAUGCAACCGACGAGGUAUUGACGGAGAAGAACAAGAAAUUCGAAUUCGAGAAGGUCUUCCAGCUGCCAUGGAUGUUCUGGGCUGUUUUAGGUUUCUCGUUGUUCCAGACAAGUGCUGCUUUAACAUUCAGCCAGAACGCAACAGAGCUGGCGGAACAGCGAUUUGCUGUCGAUUCUAUCCAGGCUGGCUGGUACAGCUCUUUAUCACAAUAUGCCGGAUUCUUCCUCGUGCCAUGUCUGGGUGUAUUUAUCGACAUUCUUGGCCAUCGGGCAUCUGUCUUGUUCACGUGUGGUUUGGGCAUGCUGAUUAGCAUGAUUCUACUCAAUUUCGCGACCUCUACAGCAGGCACUGGAGCGUCAUUCGGAAUCUACGCCAUUGCGCUAUCCCUCGGCCCGACCUCCGUUAUCGAUAGCAUCCGUACAACACUCUGGCAUCAGUCCGUCUUCGGUUCGGCAUAUUCGCUGAAGGUGACGAUGAACAAUGCCAUGGGUAUUAUCGUCCGCAUCAUCACCGGAGCCCUGCAAGAUGCCGAUGACAAUUCCUAUCGACGUGUCGUCCAGGUGUAUCUGUUUCUCGUGGCGGCAUCAUUGGUUGUGGGCAGUGCAAUCCUAAUCGGGUCCUAUACAUCGGACUAUCUCUCACCGUUGCAGUGGACUCGGAAGAAGCGAUUAAGUUCUGGCGCGGAGAUUAUUGCCGCAAACAAAGAGCACAGCCUAGUGACUCAUGCCCAACGCACCUGGUACAUCUCGGUUGGUUGCUUUAGUGCAUUGCUGCUUCUAACGGUGGGAGGAUGGGUGGCGUAUAUCUGGGGCGCAGUGACGGGUCAUAAUUCGUAA